AUGCACCUUAUUCUAAUUCUUUCUUUAUUUUUCUCCCAAAAUAUUUUUGUGAUCAAUUCACAUCCAGUGGCACAAACUCAAAGAGCUCGAAUUGUUCCAGAACUUGAUAUUAUUUAUGUUGAAUGGCAAGGUUCACAAGGUAACAUUUUUCAACAUUUAGUGAUAAAUAAAUAAUUAUUUUAUCAAUUGAUUUUUUGUGCCUUUUUUAGGCGCGGUGUUCACUGUGAGACAUAAAGCGGAAAAUUCACAAUCAUGGAAAUAUAUUAGAACUUCUGAGACAAAUGUUCGAAUUCCAUUGGACCAAUAUGAAGAAAGCAAACAAAUUCAAAUUCAGGUGAUCAUUUUUUUCUCGAAUUGAAAACAGAACUAAUAUUUUCAGAUUAAAAAUGAAAGAGAAAAUACCAAUUGGUCCGAAGAAAUCAUAAUUGAUAACACGAAAAAGGUAGGAUUAGAUUUUAGUUAGAAACAGCUAAAAAAAGGAAGAAAAAAACCACCAAGAAAAAGAGGGAAGGGCGAGUUAAAUUGUGGGCGGCCAUCGAAAAUAGAAAUGAUUUUCAGAGAGGAAAAAAAAGUCAAAAACAGAAGCAGAGCCUUAAUUUCCAGACAGAACGAAGAGCAUGAUUAAAAUAAGAAAAAAAAAGAAUUACAUACAUUUUUGAUGUUUUCAUUCGUCGAAAGUCUAAUGCAACAUUUUUUAGUGAAUCGGAAGCCUUUGUAAAUUAAUUUGAGAGAAUGUUCUUUUGAAAAUAUUUUAUAGUAACUGAGAAUGAAAACUAAUUUAGAAAAUUACACAUAAUUCGUAUAUUUCUAAAUUGACUUUGAGUUGUACAAUUUUAAUAAAAAUAUUGAAUCACAAUUAAUAAACCAGAUAUUUUUGGAACAUAUAAAAACAAUGCGUUCAUUAGUAAUGGAUAUUCAUACUUUGUUUUUAUUUUCUCCCCACGAUCAAAUGUCAAAAAAUUAUUUUCGAGAAUCAAAAAAACAACAACUGAAUCACCAGAACACUUCAUUUUUUCAUUUUUUUUUUGAAAAAAAAUUUGUAUUCAAAUGAAACUCCGCGAGGAACACUCAAAAAAAUAUAUGUAUAUACAUAUAACAACAGUUUCCGGCUCGCUCAAAAAAAAGUCAAAAAAAAGAGAGAAGAAUAUCAAAUUAGAGAAACACUCGAAAAGAACGUCAACUUUUUUUCAGAUGAACUCUUCGCCAGUUCAAAAAAGAGGCGCUUCUCCAAUUGCAGUUAACCCGACUCAACUCCAACCGCCACUUCAAUUUAACGCAAAAAUUAUUGGUCCUACAAAUGUGCAAUUGAAAUGGCAACCAGUUGUUGGAGCACAAAACGGUACUAUUAUUUUUUUACUAGUGGAUAUUUUCAAAAAAAACAUAUAUUAAUGUAAAGAAAAAUGACAUUAUUUCACUAACAAUAGAAAAAGUACACCAAAAAAGUCGAAUUCUCAUCAGCUAUACAAUAAGUGCUUUUCAGGAAUCACUUUGCAGUAGUAAUUGACUAAAAAAAAACGAUUGUACUCUUUUUUGAAUAAUUUAUAAACAUAACGGAAAUAGUUUGUUCAAUAAAAAAGAUGGAUAAUUGCUGAAAGUGCUAGAAAAUUGUAUAUGGGUGGUCUUGAACGCAUCAAAAACCAGAGAAGAUUAUUUUUUCAGAUGUAUAUUAUUUGGUGAACGUCAAACAAUUAACAACAUCAUCGGGAAGCACUUUACAAAACCAACAAGUAAAUUUGAAACAAAUCUUUUUAUGAGGAAAUGUUUUUGGAAUCAUUUUGGGAAUAAAAACAAAUGAGGACAGAUAGAUUUUGGAACCAUGUGGCCAGAAAAAAUGUUAUUUUCAAAAUUUUUACUACUUUCUGACAAUUUUUCUUGAAAAUCUUUCACUACGUGAGUUUCAAAGACCACCAGGUGAAAUAUAGUUCACUGAAAUUUCAAAAAAAAAAGUGAUUCCAAGAAAUAUUUCCUUAUUUUCUAAAAAAAAAGAUUACAAAUAAUAGUCAUAAUUCAGAUCAAAACAGCGGCAACAAGUUUCACAUUAGGAAAAAUGAUAUCUGGAGAAAAGUACGAAAUGACAAUUCGAAGUGCAACAAGUCAAGAUAGAAUAUCUCAAAAUGCUGCAAUUGUUGAAAUAACAAUGCCAAGAGGUGGGUUUGGAUGAAAAAUGCAAUAAACAAAAUGAGGAGGAAAUAAAGAAAUCUUCCAAAAUCUCAUUAAACUUGUGGAAAUUGACCUUUUCUGUUUUUUCUCUUAAAGAGGAGGGGUAAACUUUAAGUUAGGUUGAUGAUCGUAAACAACUCAAUUUAUUUUUGGAAUUGUUUUCUUAUUUUAGGAAAUUACAUUUUUCUUUCUUUUUUUCUGAUGCUAAUAACAAUAAUAAAAUUGAGAACAAACACCCAAAUAUAUAUUUCAUAAGUUGUUAUUUUGGUGCAACAACAUACACGUGUCCUUUGACUAUUUCAAAAGGAAACAGUUUUUUCAUCUCUUUUCUAUGUAAAUGUAGAAAAAACUAUCAUAAGAUUUGAAUAAACUUAUAAUGAUGAGAAAAAUAAGCAGAAUAUGAAAAUAAAUUGAAAAAAAAACAUAACAUGGGAAAAAAGAUGUUUGAUUUUCAAAAGGAUCGGAACGUUUCUCAAAAAUUUCCAUUAAAUUAACAUAAAAAGUCGAUUUCUUCUCGAGACUAAAUUCGCAUGAAAAAUGAAAAAUAAAUCAUACCUGUUUCAGAAACCGAAUAUUUCGAGAUUGGAAAUCUCAUCAUCAGCUCUCAUUUCAAAACAGCUUCUCAAGGUGUUGUCAAUCUUACAUGGCAAGUACCACCAACGAUGCAAAAUCGGAUUAUGGGUAGGAUAUUAUUAUUAUGAUCGCAUGAAAACACAAAAAAUAAAAUAAAAUAAAUAUUGUUUUUCAGCAUACCAUGUCGAAUAUGCUGAAGCGGGAGAUGAAAACAAUUGGCAAAAAAUCCAAUUUCACGGUGCUUCAAGUUCAGCAGCUCUUAAUCACUUGAAAAGGUUUCUCUUCUUUCUGUUUUUCGAAACAAAUUUGCUUCGUUUUUCAGCAACACUGAAUAUGUUCUUCGUAUCAAAACUCAACUUGUCAACAAUAUUAUGACUGAAAGUGGACAAUUCAGAUUCAAAACACCAAGAGGUUUUGGUUUUUCAGUAGUGAGAAAAAAAUGAUAUGAGUUUUUUCAGUCGAAACAAAUCCAAUUCAAAAAGUUGAUGUGAUUUAUUCUCAUGAUAUCAAUUCGGUCAAACUUCAAUGGAUUUUGAAAUCGUGAGUGAUGGAAAAUAUUUUUUAGUGGGGAAAAUAAAAUGUAAGCCGAAGCUUUUGAGAACUAGGCAACUAUGAAGCCUUUUCUCAUAAAAUCACUUGUCCGAUUUUACGAGAAUUUGGUGUUCUAGUGAAAAAAUGAACAUUCUCAAAACAGUGCAUUUCCAAGAACAAAUUUUAUUCCAGCCUAAAAAAAUUACUGACCAGUUCCUAGGAAAAACAACAAAAAAACAGACACAAAACAAAAUUGAAUUUUCCAAACAAAAAAAAUAAUAUUUUUGCACAGGGUGUCAUUUUUCCCACAAUAAUGUUUUCAAAAAUCGCCAGCAGAAAAGAAAACAACCCAACAAUUUUCAGACAUAUUCAAACUGACAAAGUUGCUGGAUAUGAUGUUUAUAUGAGUGAAGAUAAAGUAAGUGAUUUUCUUUUUUGCAAAUCAUGGAUAUACUAAUAAAUAUGACUGUUCAUAGAACUAAUCCGAACCCCCGGAGCAGAUAGACAACAUAGAAAAUAACAACUAAUCCCACACACACAUAAAGUCUGUUUUUUAUAUGUUCUUCUCAAAAAGAAAUGAAUAAGAAGGAACGAAAUUUGAGAUCCAAAAAUUAUUCAGAUUCCGUCGCCCCGACUUUUUUAUCCUUCAGUUAGUUAGUAAGAUACAUGUUUAAGAAAAAUGACGCUAUCGUCAGAAAUAUUGCAUAUGUUUCUGUUUCUUCCUAUGUGAGGUAGAAGACGAAAAGUCACAUUUUCUAACCAGGGUGGGCCGGAAACGGAAAUCAAGAGUAUAUAGAAUUAAAAUAACACUAUGUCUAUGAUAGCUCGAAAUGUUAUUUCAUUUUUUUCCAGUAGGAGAAGAAGAAGAAGAAGAAUAAAGAGAGACAAACGUUUAAAUUAUGCAAUUUUCAAGAAAUAGUCAAAAAAAGUACAAUACCAGUCCAAGCAAUAAAAAAUGAAGGAGGCUUCACAUUCAUGUCAAAAUAAUUUUUCGCGAGACAAGAAACAAAAAAUGAGAAAAAAGAAAGAUUAAAAUUAAUCAAAUUUUCAGGAUUUACCAGAUUCUCAAUGGAAAGUGAUUCGUUUGAACAAUAAAGAAUCAUCGCUUUCAAUGGAUGAUUUGAAAUCAAAAACCGUUUAUUAUGUUCGUGUAAAUGUUCGAAAUUUUGACGGUUCUAUCAUUCGAGCACCAUCUGUUUAUCGUUUCAAAACAAUUGGUGAGUUUGGUUGAUGUGGUUUGGUUUGGUUUAAAAAUACGUAUAUUUGACAUGAGAACAAGGUUUUUCUAUUUGAAAACGGAACAAGAAAAAUAAAGGAAACAUACAUUUUUGAGAGAAAAGGGCAACAAAACUGGAAUGCAUUUUAAAUAAAUAAAUUUCAGAAUUAUUGAAUUUCAGAGCCAAGUUGCAACAUUUUUUGUAGCUUGCAACAAAAAAGUACAAUUUUUUUUGUUCAAUUCGAUUCAAAAAAUAUGUAAGCAAUCAUGUGAAUAGCUAUUCUGUAGUUCUAAAGAACAUUUCAAUUUUUGGAUUAUGAAACAGAAAAAAUUGUAUAUGGAAAUUUUAAUAAUCAAUCCAAGUAGGGAGAUUUAACCAAAAAGAAAAAGGAUUAAUAAAAAAAUAAUGGAGAGAAUUGCGGAAAUGCAGAAAAAAUGAGAUGAAAACUAAAACUAUACUUCCACUUUUUAUUCAAAUUCACAUUGUUCUGUUGGUUGUUGAUGAGAUAUGUUUUUUGCAGACUGGUCUAACACUAACUCGGACUCAAUUUUUAACCCGUUUGAUUAA